UGUUUCCAUAGCAACAAAAGAAACAAACCUUGGCCUGACAUCUCAUAAGGGCAAACCUCACAACUCAGGCCCAUAUCAAAGGACUCUGAAUGGAGGGGUGACUUUUUCCUCUACUUUGACUUUCAUUGCAAUACCAAGAAAUUUGAACUGGCUUGUCUUUAGGAGGGAAGUUCACGUUCAUGCCAGUUCAGUGCACUGGCAAUCUGUCUUUCUACACAACAUAUGCUGUGUAUGUUCUGCUUUGGCAUUUCAAGCACUUGGAAUGAUCACUAAAGUCUUGAGUUCUGGAAGCUCUGGAUUCUAUUUUAAAUGACCUCUGAUUUUGUGUUGAUGGGCAACUGUUUCUCUACAAGAUCGUGGUUUCUUUAAGACUCUUGACUUAAAGAACCACAGGAGAAAAACAAAUCUUCGGGAGGUCUGAGGUUUCUACAUUCUAUUGCCAAUUCCCCAUCCCUCCACCACCACCAAACGUCUGAUUCCUGUUACUCGUAACAAAUUACCACAAAUUCAGUGGCUCCAAACAGCACCAACUUGUUACCUUACAGUUCUGAAGGUCAACGUCCAGGAUGGGACUCACUGAGCUAAAUCGAGAUGUUGGCAGGACUGAGUUCCUUCUGGAGGCUCUUGGGGAGAAUCCAUUUCCUUGCCUUUUCCAGCUUCUAGAGGCUGCCUGAAUUCCUUGGCCCAUGGCCCCUUCCUUGAGCACGCCUACCGCUUCUUCCACCAUCACAUCUUCUCCGACUCUGACAAUCCACGAUAAUGUCCUCAUUUUAAGAUCCUUAAUUUAAUCACAGCUUCAAAAUCCCUUUUGCCAUGUGAGCAAAAGCUCCCUGACCUAGCAGCCAAAGCUGCUCUGAACUUGGCCAUGAACCUCAACCCUCUCAUCUAUUGCACCUGCUCCGACCCCUGGAACUUGGGACCACGGAAGCUAAUCAAGACCCCUCGGCCACCAAAUAAGGCCCCCAUAGGGAGGUCCAAGCUAACUCCUCUUCUACCAGUUUCAAAACAACACAAUUACCUCCAACUAACAAAACCUGUUGUUGCCCCUAAAGUGAAAUUCCAUUUAGGAAGGCAAGAGGAGAGCAAUAAAUCAUCUUAUGUGGAGAGGAGGAUGAACUCUGGGGGAGCCAGGCUGCAGGCAAAGAGGCCAGUCAGGAGGUGGCCUCUGAUGGGGGGACCUGGGCCAUGCCAGGCAGGGGAAGUGAUCAAUGUGUCACCUGGCUAUCAACUCUUUCGGAAUCGGGAGCAGAUUUCUGUCACCUUGGGGGAUGAGAUGUUUGAUAGGAAAAAGAAGAUGGAAUCAGAGAUCAUGGACAAAGUCAAAUUUUCCAGGACUGAUAUCGUUUCUGACCUAGAAGAGCAGAUCUCAGAGCUGACAGCAAUAAUAGAACAAAUGAACAGAGACCACCAGUCUGCCCAGAAAUUGCUCUCUGAUGAAAUGAAUCUGCGCUGUACUGACAUGAAGCAGAACUUUGAAAACCAGAACAGGGAUCUCAAAGAGGCUCACAAAACGAUGGUCAGUGAGUUGGAGAACAACUACAGAGCAGCCUUGAAGGAGGAGAAGUUGGCUGCCCAAAAGAAGCUAGAGGAGAUGGAAAAGGAAUAUAAGUAUUUGAAGAACAUGUUUCAUAUGUAUCAGGAUAGCAUUUAUGAUGAAAUGGAAGAAAAAUGGUCAAAGCGGAAGGCAGAAUGGGAGAAAGAUGAGAAGUUGGAGCGGGAAAAGAUCCUGCUACAGCAAAAAAAUAAAAUGACAAAAAAGUUUGAGUUAGAAACAGAAGAGGAAAAGAAGAAAAUAAAUGAAUCCUACAAUAUUGUCUUUGAGAACUUCAUUCGAGAGAAAGAGGAGCUCUUGAAACAACAUGAAAGAGACACCUUGCAAAUAGAGGAGCUGAGAAAGACCAAGGCGAUCAUAGAGGAAGAGUUGCAGGUACAAGCUCUCAUCCUAGAGUCAGUUAACACAAGCCUCUACCAUGUCCAGUCGGAACUCCAGAGAGAGAAAGCUGUGGUGGCAAAUAUGGAGAAAAUGCUGCAGGCCAAGCUUGCCGAAGCUGAGGAAAAGUAUAAGUACACCAUACAGAUCCUGACGAUGGAAAACAAUAAUCUAAGGCAAAACAUAAUUGCCAAGAAUGAAGAAAUUUAUGAAGGACGUUCUGGGAGACUGGCUUCUAAUAUUACUGUUUAUGAAGAUGAUUCUGACAUCUUAGAAGAUGGUAACAGCAAAGGACAAGAAUAAGAAACAAAAGGUGGCUCUCUGUAGCUGAAGAUGACAGGCACACCAUCCUGUAGGCCUAGGGAACUCUUGUGAUAUUUUCUUGCGAAAUGCAUAUGAUGAGUUUGGUUCCUGAGUUGCUCUGAUUCUAUUUUUGUCUUUUCACAAUUUGCUUUCUCCUGAGCAGUUGGGAAUGUUUGACUUUUCAUCUCAGCUGCACAGCUUAUCACAGCUCUUCAUUGCAAAGCCAUGUUCUCUGGACCUGGAACCAAGCUUUAUCUGGGCUUUGUACUAUUUUCCCCCUACCUUUCCAUAUUUCAUUAGAAAGAGACUGAUUUGGAGGCUUUCUUCCUGUUGAACAUUGAUUGUUGGCAUAUAUCACGUGUCCCCUGGGGAAUUUCACUAGCCAAAAAGAUAAUUCAUUGAUUUGA